AUGAAGUCGAUCCUGCUCUUCGCCUUAACACUCUGUGUGAUUGCUUUAGCAAGAGCAGAGGACGACGGGAAGUACCGCGCAGAACGCUACGUUAGCGAUGGCCGGUACUUCAACAACUACAACGGUCGCUACGACAAUGGGUACAGGCGCUUCUAUGGCAACAACUACAACAAUGGAUGGAACCAACAGUACCCUGGCUGGAACCAGCCCUACCCUUACAACGCUAGGCCGUACUCCGACCUGCUUGCCCCCUUCGCCAGUUCCGGAAAAGAUAACAGCGCUGCCGACAACGCUGUAGUCAAGCCGAAAGCCAUCGAAGUUAAGCCCGCUGUGACGAUCAUCGCUCCGACAACCGCCGCACCCAGGAUCCUCCCCGCCGUGGUAUCAACCACCGCUCUCCCAAGAGUCGCGUACGCCAAAUUCGGGAACGAGGGCCAGGCCAGGAUCGUGUCCCAAGACAGCGACACCGAAGCCAACGGCUACAACUACAGCUUCCGCACUGAAAACGGCAUCAACGUCGGUGAAACUGGUUUAGUCGACGCCGCCAACUCUGGUGGUACCAGAGUUAAGGGUUUCUAUGAGUACGUCGGUGAUGACGGUCUGGUCUACAGAGUAGACUACACCGCCGACGAGAACGGCUUCCACGCCACCGGAGCUCACUUGCCCUGA